AUGCAUCACGACAACGGUGCACCCGUUCGCGUCAACACCCCCGAGGAACCGACCUCUGGUAUUCACCAGGCUGCCCAGGCUACUGGCUCUCACGACUGUGCCAACAUGAACGGUUCUCAGAGCCACACAGUUGUUGAUGCCAACAUGAACGCUAUUCUUCACCAGUUCGGCGGCCUUGGCAUUAAUGGCCUUCCCCCUAUUCCGGGAAUGAUCCCCAUGGCGACCCCUGACGGCCGCAUUGUGCACGUUGCUGCUAACUAUCCGACUCAUACUGUCUCGGCUCCCGGAGUCCAGGCAUCUGGCAUUCCUACCUUUGGUUAUCCAUCCACUCAACCUGAGGCUUAUCCGGGCCCUUAUGGCGGUCCUUACUAUGCUCAUGGAGGUUUUCAGCAUCACCCUAUGCUUGCCCUUUCGCCUUACACUCCGGCGCGCACUAGCAGCGCACGAGAGCACACUGACACCAGUUCUCGAGAUGUUCCGGGCCUGGAUAUUCGCCGUUCGUCUUAUUCGACUAAUGAAUCUACCCCGGCUACACCUUUCCUUGGAAGCAUGACGUCUCGAGACCAGGGUGCUCGUGUGACGGUAUUCGACCGAUCCACCUAUACAACUCCCUCGCCCCACCAGAUCGUGGCUGCCGAAGCUCCUCAGGAGCCAAAGUCUCCUCUACUUGACCGCAACCCUAAGAUCCCGUUCGCUGUUCCGGCUGUCUUUACCCCUCCUGAGAACAUGAAGACGCUUGAACAGAGCCUUGUUAACCCUAUUCCGGGCAACAGAAACGUGUACAUCCGCGGCCUUCAUCCCACUACGGACGAUGCUCUUCUGCUGAAGUAUGCAGAGCGUUUUGGUCCUGUAGAGACUUCCAAGGCCAUCAUUGAUUCGAACACUGGUGCUUGUAAGGGAUUUGGCUUUGCCAAGUUUGUCGAAGUUCGUCAUUCCGAGAACUGCAUCCGCGGGUUCUAUCGUCGAGGUUACGAAGUCGGUUUUGCAAGGGAGUCGUUCAACUCGCGACUACGAGCUGAGGGUGAUGAGAGCUCAACCAACCUUUAUCUUUCUAACCUUCCAAAGAACUACACUGAGACUGAAAUCAAUCUCAUUUUUGAAGGGUACACCAUCUUGUCCAGCAAGGUCCUUCGAGACAGUUUGGGCAACAGCCGUGGUGUUGGGUUUGCACGCUUCGAGUCACGCGAUAUCUGCGACGAGAUCAUCAACGAGUUCACUGGUAAACUCAUUAGUCGUGAACGUCUUCCACUGCAGAUCCGCUAUGCGGACACACCCGCCCAGAAGGAGCUCAAGCGGGUGACUGCUAAGCGCCGCCAGUACCGCACCAACGAAUACAACGUCAGUGCCUAUGGUACGACCCUUGUGGGCAUGAGCCCUGCUCGCGUUCUCUAUCGAAACGGUCCUUAUGUUUCUGAUGGUACUCCCCAGGACAGUUCGGGUGGUUUUGGACCUGGACCCGGUGAUGGUGUCGAGAUCCGCGUCGAAUCCCCAUUAGUCGCGCAUGGCAGCAGCCAAUCAUCUCCGGUUAAACAGGAGAAGGAGUAA